AAGAACAAGGCCAUGGCCUCCUGGUUCAACUGGAAUGAGCCGUAUCACCGCAGCCCCCGGCGUGACCCGUCCGACGUGGUCACCGACACCCUGAUGCUGGAGUUCAACUGGCAGCUGAAGGAGGCAGAGAGGCAGCAGAGAGAGAGGGAGAACGAGUACCGGCGCCUCAAGACCGGGGUGGACUACAGCUGGCUGGCCAGCACACCUCGCUCCUCCUUCAGCAUCAGCACCGGGGAGAAGCUGGGCCUAGAGGACCUCUGCUCCAAGGUGCCGCCUCCCUGCUGCGGCCUCGUCAUACUCAAGUUCAGGGAGGUCAUGCAGGCCAAUGAGCCCGAGGUGCAGGAGGUGCCCGGCCUGUUUCGCUCCAUCCUCCUGGAGGCUCUGGAUCACCUGAAGGAGGAGCAGGAAGCUCAGCGGCUCGCCCGCCAGUGGAACAACAAACGUGCCAUGAGCAUGUCCCUCAUAAACUUCAGGUCCCGCAUCAAGAUCAACCCGUUCGGAAGCACGGUGGGCCUGACCUCCGCUGUGGCCGAGGGGGCGGGGAUGAGCGACCUCAAAACCGUGUCAGAAGAUGUGGAGAGAGGGAUGGAGGGGGGGGACAGAGCGCAGAGGGUGUGGAGCAUGCCUGAUUUCAGAUACAAAGGAGCCAACAGCAGUAAGGUGGUCUGAUGUGGGGCGUUCAUGGGACAGUGAUGGUGGGACGUUUAAGUGGGACAGAUGCUGAUCUCCAGGACUCUGUACUGCAGUAUGUCCACUUUGCACCGGGCGAGGAAGGAUGAAUCCCAUAAUCCUCCUACUUUCUCCAGUAUGACACCAAUCAGCAUUUGAGCCAUUUUACUGCAUUGUCUUCACACCUGAAAGGGCAAUGUCAGGUGUUUGUUUUUGUGACAGUUUCUACUUUGCGUGAGAUUUUCCCCUCUUGCUGUGAAGCAUCUUAUCAGUAGACAUUGGCAUCUAAGCUGUGAUGGCUAUUAACUGUAGCCUGGUAAGGAUAUUUAUGUAAUUUAAAGUAGCGAUGUCCCGAUCCAGUCUCAAAGAUCAGUAUCGAGGCGAUGAAGGCAUAUUUUUUAACCGAUCGGUAUAUUGAGCCUGAGUGCAGCCGUCGUCAACUCUCCGCUGUCUCUUCUCCAGUCCGGUAGACUCACAGGUCAGUCUGUCAGUGAAUAGAGACUGAGGACUUUGCAGAACCAAUCAAAAGUCUUUAGGGCUGUCACAUGGUGGUGACAUUGUUCUGUGCUUGUAAACACUACUGUACCAUAAAACGUUGCUAGGGAGAUCCAUUUUUAAAGUUUUGGAAUCUCAAGUUCCUGUCACGAUGGUGUAAAAUGUCUUUAAAGGGUCGUAUGUUUGUCAGCAGCUGUUCAGACAACUACUUUGCCUUUAGAAAUCCCCAAAUGACUGACAGCAUAACAUAGUAUGAGAUGUAUAUGUUUGUUUGUUAUUCACAUAAUUUAUGCACUCAUUUUAUCUGAGGUCAGUGUGAGUCUCGUACUUUUUGCUCAGCUCAUGCUUAGAGAACAACCGCAUUCACACCAUGAGCAAAACGCCACUAAGAGUAAUUCAUUAAUGUAAUCAGUGCAAAAGAUGGAGAUGCCAAAACACUCAACAGAAUACAGCUCAUUGUUUAACUGAAGCCAAAGAUGCUCUAAAGUAACAGAA